AUGCCCGCUCGGGCCGGCGGGGACGGCCGGCUGCCCGCCGCGCUCCUCCGCUGGCUGCGGCUGCUGGGGCUGGGGCUGCUGCUGGGGCUGAGCGGGGCGGCGGGGGCGCCGUCGGAGCUGCGGGUGCGAGUGCGGCUCCCCGACGGGCGGGUGACGGAGGAGAGCCUGCAGGCGGACAGCGGCGCCGACUGCGUCAGCCUGGAGCUCCGCAAGAGCGACGGGACGCUCGUCACCCUGACCGCCGACUUCAAGCAGGAGGUGAAGAUAUUCCGAGCCCUGAUCCUUGGGGAACUGGAAAGGGGACAGAGCCAGUUCCAAGCUCUUUGCUUCAUCACCAGGCUGCAGCGCAACGAGAUCAUCCCCAGCGAAUCCAUGGCCAAACUGAGACAGAAAAACCCACAGACAGUGCGGCAGGCAGAGGAGGUUCGUGCACUCGAGCACCUCAGCAUGGAUGUAGCUGUCAACUUCAGCAAAGGGGCCCAGCUUAGCUCUCACAUCUACAACAUCUGUUCAGAGGCCAAGGAGACCAUCUACACGCGAGAAGAAGAUGUGAAGUUCUGGAUGGAGAAAGGGGUGGAUGGCUCCAUGUUUGAGGUCCUACCUCAGUCUGCUGACUUGCCUGAUCUGCAACAUUGUCGGGUCUGUGCAGAUCGCUGGAAACCUUGCAUCUGCAGCUACACCUUGAGCAUUGAGUGGUACCCCUGCAUGCUCAAAUAUUGCAAGAGCCGAGACGCAGCGGGAAAGACAACCUCCUACAAGUGUGGCAUCCGCAGCUGCCAGAAGGCCUACAGUUUUGAUUACUACGUGCCCCAGAAGCAGCUCUGCCUGUGGGAUGAAGAGACUUAG